AUGGACGGCUCGCCACCCUCGUCGGAGCUGUAUAUUGGGAAGAUGAAUCCUCGGGCGCCUGGAUGGAAUAAGAGGUUGAGGACUGGAGCUGCUGCACCGAGCAGGCCGCCUUGUCCAAACCACAUCAGUGCGUUCGAGAAGGUUGUGUGGAGUUUUGCUGAGAACCCAACCGAUAAUGUUAUCACACAAGUUAUUGGCACAACAUUAGACUCGGUGAGUGAGGUGUAUGACUUCCACAAUUUGUACUCGUGGGAGAAGGGCUUUGGCAUUCGUUAUGGGAAGAGCAGGCUAAAUGUGGAGAGGACCAAAUGCAUGCAGGAAAUAGUUUGUGGUUGCUCGGGCAAGGCUGGUGUUGAGAACACAAGGUCUUGUCGUUGCGAGUGCCCUGCUCUAAUAAGGCUGCUACGGGCAGAGAACAACAGAUGGUACAUUGCAGAGCAUAGAGAUACUCACAACCACUCGCUGUCAACUAAUUUCGGUGAGACAAUCCACUGGCCCUCACACAAGCACAUAGGUGUGUACACGAGAGAUCUUGUGAAACAGUUAAUGUAG